CUACAUAUACUUGAUGCACUGCAUUUUGGCUCAGCAAGAGCUCAGCUGUUCCUGCAGCUGUUGGCCUGUUGCACUUAUGUUGCUGUCCCUUGCUCCGCUCUCCCCCGCUAAUUUACGUUUUGAACACAAGUUAAGGCUAGCCCAAAUGUCAGUAGCUACUUUGCUGGCUUGGGACGCGAAUUCUCGCGCUGCCGACUCGUUGACCGGCUCGGCGACGCUGCUCAGACGUCAGCUGAAGCCAGCUGUCACGUAAGGUUUAAGAGUCAGCGUCCUUUUCUAUCAGCUUUGCUUCAAAGUUUGUCUUCUCGGUCCCCCGCGUCAUCGCCAUGCAACAUUGCUCUGCAACACUACCCCACGUUCGUCCACAGGAUUCAACCUCUCGCUCUUGGAACGGUUUCAGGAGCUCUUUGGGACGGCUGGCUGACAGGCACUACACCUCCGACAUGGUGCUCAGCAACGACGGCUGGCUGACUGCCACUACACCUCCAACAUUGUGCCCAGCAACGGCGCAACCAGGCAACACAGCCAACAAGCGGGCAGUGGAGGCGCAACUAAGGAUCCGGCAUGGGCAGCAGCUGGUCCAGCACUAGGGGUGGAGGCGGGCAUGUAUGAUGGUGCCAAGGACGGAGUUUGGUCGUAGGGAGAUGUGGCGGCUGUGGUGGAGGUGGGCAUCAAGGUUGUCGGAUGCAUCUCGGAUGCAUCGUACCCAGCAGACACGCAAGUGAUGGGGCUAGUUGCAUGUUAGAGUUUGCACGCAUACAUAUAAGGCAGACAUCAUACGAGGUUUGGUGUAGUACUAGUGUUGCAUGAGCGUAUGGACUUGUCAACGAGGAGCAGGUGCGUGGCCGGUGUUGUGAAAGGAUAACGCAGUAUUGCGUGGUGUACAGUGUGGAUCCUAAGUGUGUUAGCAGCUCCCAAGACUUUCCCAUUCAGGUGCUGAACUUUCCCGUAAAAAGGGCUUCACUUUCCCGUAAGA